AUGGAGUACUCUUUUCUUCAAGAUUUAGACAAUGAUAAGGGUAGUUUGAUGAUAAGAGUUCGAGUUUGUAGGAUGUGGGAAUCAAUCAACACCAAGAAAAAUGGAGAACUUAUCAGUCUUGACAUGAUUUUCAUUGAUGAAAAGGAAAAUCUUAUGCAUGCAACAAUCGGAAAAAAUUUAGUUACCAAGUUGAAGCACCUUUUGAGUGAGGGUUGUUUAUAUAGUAUAAAAAAUUUAAAAGUGGUUGCAAGCACAGGCGAGUACAAACCUCUUUCUAAUGAGAACAAACUUCUUUUUUUGGUUACAACUUCCCUAAAGAAGUUGGAAGAAGGAAUUGUUAAGAUUCCAAUCAAUGGAUUUCAAUUCAUAUCUCAAAGUUUAAUUGAUUUACGUGUCAAUGACAAUACAAUCCUCUCAGAUGUUGUUGGAUGCUUGUGUGGAGUGGGUGACAUUGAGAUUGUUGGAGGUAACUGGAAAAAAAGAGACAUAAAAAUUAUAACAAAUUAUUCGGUGACAACAAAAAUAACUUUAUGGGGAGAUUUGGGGGAGAUGUUUGAUCGUGAAGUCAUUUUUUCUACAACAAGUGCAACAAAAAUAUAUAUUAAUCUUGAAAUAGAUUAUGUGACAUCUUUAAUUGAGAGAUUUUCCACCACCUCCAACCGAGUGCAAGAUAUUGAAAGUUCCAACGUCAAUAGGCUUUCUCUUGAGGAAGAGAUGUUCCUCAAUCGUUUGAGUAUUAAAGAAAUGUUAGAGGCUAAUUUGGGUGAUCAAGUCAAGGAGUGCAUUGUUACAAUAAGGUGCAAAAUUAUUGGUAUAGACAACACUUUUGGAUGGUACAAAAUACAUAUAAGAGUCAUGGAUAAAACUGGAGAAACAACUUUUGUUUUAUUCAAUGUUAUAGCUGAAAAAUUACUUGAUACAUCUGCACACAAGUUAUUCAAUAGAUUAUCUUCAAACAAUAAUCUUCCUACAGAGAUUGAAACUCUUUGUGGAAAAGAUUUUGUUUAUAAGUUAAGAUUGAAUGAAUAUAACUUAAAAGAGGGUCUUGAAAAUUUUACCGUAUCCAAGAUUUUUGUGCCUAAUGAGAAAUUAGAACAAGAACAUGAAUCAAAGAAAGUAAAGAAGGAAAAAUUUACUACAAAUGAUGGAGAUGAGAAACUAAGGGUAACAAAAGAAAAUCAUUCUCAAGAUGUGGGUCAUCAUGAUUUUGGAGAUUCUGUGGAAGACUAUGGUCUCACUGUUCAAAGUGGAAAGAGAAAAAAGCAUGUUGUAGUUGAUGAUGAAGAUGAUGAUUAA